CAUUUGUUCAAGUUUGAGUUUGAGUUGGAGAAGAGGGGACGGGCUCGGAAAGAGAAGACGGUGAAAGAUCAGCCAGCGUUGGGAAGAACUAAGAUCUUACUGGAUUAGAAGAUAACGUAUCAUUGGUCUCAGCUUUUUGUGGGCAAAUUGUAAUAUGAAGUUCGAGGAUAUUCUGGGAGAGAUUAAAGGCUUCGGAAGGUUUCAGAAAGUGCUCGUUCUGCUGAGCUUUAUUGGUCGAUUCACCCUGCCCUGUCACUUCCUGCUCAACAACUACAUCGGAGCCAUCCCAUCCCACCACUGCAACAUCGGUUACCUGGACGAUGAAGGCCUCUUUGAAAAUUUGACUUGGGAGCAGAAACUUACUGUCAGUAUUCCGAGACAGGAAGAUGGGAGUCUGGCUUCCUGUCACAUGUUUGCUGAACCUCAGUUCCAGUUUCUGGGUGCUAAAUCGAAUUUCACAGAUGUUCCACUCAUUAAGUGCCCAAAUGGAUGGAUUUUUGACAACAGCACCUUCCUUAGUACUCUUUCCACUCAGUGGGAUCUGGUGUGUGACAAGAGAGAGAUGAACAAAGCCAUAGCAACCAUCUUCUUCAUUGGAGUGAUGUUGGGAGCAGCUUUGUUUGGAAGCUUAAGUGACAGGUAUGGGCGUAAGCCAAUGCUCUUGGUCUCGUACGUUUUAGGGAUGAGCUUUGCUGUGGCCAGUGUUUUCUCCACCUCUUUCAUCAUGUUUGCAGUUCUGAGGUUCUUCACCGGCCUUGGCAUCACCGGCAUUGUCAUUGUCUCCAGUGUGCUUAUUGUGGAGUGGGUGGACAUCAAGAGCAGAAAGCUGGUGGGGAUGAUUGACAGCAUGAGCUGGUCAUUUGGCUACAUGGUUCUCCCUGCUAUGGCAUAUGGAGUGAGAGACUGGAAGUGGCUCACAAUCACAGCCACCUCCCCUCUUAUUCUUGCCAUCAUCACCUGGAGGUGGAUUCCAGAGUCUGCUCGCUGGUUAAUCGCCAACGGGAAGAUCAAGAAAGCUCAAUUUUACCUGGAGAGAUGUGCCAUCAUUAACAAGAGGAAAGAAGCCACUUCCAGCCUGAAACCAGAGGUUCUGUCCUGUAUAGUGUCAGAAGGUGGAAGCAGAAAAUACUCGUAUUUGGAUCUGAUGAGAACGCCAAAGAUGAGGAGACUGGCUUUUCUGACUGGCUUGACCUGGUAUGCGGUUGCCUCUACCUACUAUGGCAUCAGCUUCAAUAUCAAAGGCUUUGGCUUGGACCUUUACCUAAACCAGUUGCUCUACGGGUUUGUGGAGAUUCCUGCUAAGAUCCUUAUUUACCACAUGCUGGAUCGAAUCGGACGCCGCAGAACUGAAGCUGGGGUGCUGCUGUUGGCUGGCUGCAAUCUGAUCAUUAACGUAUUUAUUCCCAAAGAUCAGUGGAUAGUCCGCUCAGUGAUCGGAGUGCUGGGAAAAGGCUUUGCCUCUAUGGCCUUUUCAACACUCGUACUCUUCAGUUCUGAGCUGUACCCAACCGUCAUUAGGCAGAAUGGGAUGGGCUGGAACUCCUUCAUGGGUCGAAUGGGCGUGGCUAUUGCUCCGCUGAUCCUCCUAUUGGAUGAAAUUUGGGGUCACAUGUCCCAGAUUAUUCUAUGUGCCAUUGCAGUAAUUGGCAGUGUGAUUGCCUAUCAACUACCUGAAACACGGGGCAGGUGUCUGCCUGAGACUAUAGAGGACGUGGAAGGGACCAGGAAGGACCAAGACUUCACCCUAAUCCAGAAGAAAGCAGGUGAAGAUCUGGAAAAUGGAAGAUAAGAAGACACAAAUAUCAUAAUUCCAGAUAUAAUCUGUGUAUAUGUAAAUUAUCUCAUGUUUCCUGUACUGUGUGUGUCCUUUUGUAAAUUAUGCUUCAUAUGUUAAAUUGAUAAAUACUUUCUUUUUUUCUGUUUUAUUUUUUUAUUUUUUAUUUUUUUGCAAGGAAUUACAAAUCAUAUCAGUUUUAUUUAGAUGUGUGUUAUGAUUAUUAAUGUUACGAUUGCAUCUUUUUAAUUUCUUUUGUGAAAGUUCUUUUUUAUCAUAACAGUAAACAUCUUGCUACAGAGCUAUAUGCUGUACAUAUCCAGGGAAUGCCAAGGAGAGAACAGAUAAUGAAUAACCAAUCGGAUAAAUAGAAAUUUCAUUAAUAAAAACACAUAAAGCCUAGUCUCUCCCACAUACAGUAUAAAAUAUAUAAAACUUUAAAUAAAAUGUAAAAUACAAAAAUUGCAAACAACUCAUGAAGUAAAAUAAAUUAUUCUUUUGAAUGUAAUAAUUUGGUAUGUAAUGUGUUGAUAAUUAAAGUUUAAACAAUUCAAGUAAAAAUAAAGAAAAAUAGAAAAAAAAAUAC